UUAAACCAACACUACAAAUGGAGCGGAAGCCGUCCAGGACAACUGACUAACCUACUUGAACUCUGCCCCACUAACCGGCCGUUCGAUUUCACCGCCAAUUCCAUGCGGUCUAGCCAAGAAAGCCUACCAUUUCAAUCCCGAUUCCAGCCAGAUCUGUCUGAGCUUCGGAAAGAAUAUGAGUACGAACUGGAACGCUUGACUAGAGAACAUGAACUACAAUUAUUCCGA